AUUGUGGUAAGCAAACUAAACAUGUGCACUGGCUGCGAAAUAUAGAGAAACCAAACAAUGUACGCGACCAAGCCGCUCUCCCUCUUCAAGAGCCACCCGGAGGCGGCGACCCAGCCGCCGCCGGAUGGCCGGAACUCCGGCUACUUCGUCGUGAAGGGCCCCGACGACGACGGCGGCGGCGGCGACGACGAGACGUGCUGCUGGGGCACGUGCGGCGGGUCGCGCGUGCGCGACCUGCCGUUCCCGCAGAACCGCGUGCUGACCGUGCGGUACACGGAGCAGCACGGCGAGAGCAGCACCACCUACGCCGACGCCGUCGUGUUCGUCCCCGUCCCCGACCUGCCGCUGGCGUCGAACCGGUACUACGCCGUCGUCGCCGCCGGCAAGCACAAGGGCCUCGUCAGGGCGUGCUCCCGCGAGGAGGACAUGACCACGCUCUGCUUCUGCCGCUGCAUCAACGACGCCAAGCCGAGGGUGUUCGACCCGGCCGACGUCUACCAGCAGGUCGAGAUCGUGCAGCGGCGGCGCGGCCGGUUCACGGCGAGGUCCGUCGCCGCCGACGGCUUCCCCUACUUCCUCUACCGCAAGAAGUACUGGCGCGUGUACGCCUCCAAGCCGAAGCACUUCGACCUCGGCGAGGCGCCGGGGCUGAACGCCGCGCUCCGGUCGCGCCAGCUCGCCCUCGACGCGUUCCCGGUGACGACGACCGCCGCCGUCGGGAAGUGGUACGCCCCGUUCUUCCUCGUCAAGGAGAGCGGCGUCUCCCCGCCGGAGCAGAUGGACCGCGCCACGUUCUACGAGGUGUCGCUCGAGCAGCGGUGGGAGGCGGCGGCGCACGGGCACGGCGACGGCUACGCGGGGAAGCUGGACAGCAAGAGGGUGCUCAUCGGCGGGAGCGUCGAGGGGAGGCAGGAGGGCGGCGGGCGCCACGGCGACGACGGGUACGUGUGGUUCAGGGCGGCGGCGGCGGCGGGCGGCGGCGGGCAGAGGGUGGGUUUGUGCGCGAGCCUGUGGGAGAGGAUGAGGUGGGAGGAGUACAGGGGAGGGUGGGUCGACGAGCACGAGGGCGCCGGCGAGGUGGCCGGCGGCGGGUCGGUGCUGGUGGAGAGGUUCGUCGUGAAGCGGAUGGACGGCAGCGUCGCGGUCGCCGUCGACUUUGUGCACUUCAACAAGGCCAGGGAGAAGCUGGUGUAAAUUGUAAUCGUGUCACUCUGUCACUGUCAGGUUAUACCUAUCAAAUGCACAGUUGCGAAUCUUCAGGUUAAAUCCUUCAAAAACCAUAAAAAGGAAGAAGAAGAAGAAGAAGAAGAAGAAGAAGAAGAAGAAGAAGAAGAAGAAGAAGAAGAAGAAGAAGAAGAAGAAGAAGAAGUUGCGAUUUGUAAUGAUUUUUUUUUAUCAACUCUGUGAGACAGUGGAGAAGAUGUAUUUGUUAUGGUUUGUCAAUCACCUUGCUUUGAGCUUUCGCCUUGGUAUGUACUCCGUACUAUGUAUGUGCAAAUUACGUAGUAAGCACUUGAAUGGGAAACUGUUUUAUUCA